GAGGCCUCUCUUCUCGCAAACAACAAGGUCUUUUACCAGGAGCACCAUGGUUGCGCUCAAGCUUUUGGGGCUUGUCCUCGCUGCCGCCAGCACCGUAUACGCCGAAUGGGUUGACCCAAGUGUCCUCGAUGCCUGUCCGGGCUACAACGUUACGAACGUGAAGACACAAGGAGCAUCCCUCACUGCUGACCUCGUCUUGGCUGGAACUGGUUGCAAUGUCUUUGGGUCAGAUAUCUCCAAGUUGGCACUGGAAGUCACUUAUGAGACAGAGUCGCGUAUCCACAUGAAGAUCACCGACCCGUCUACUCAGCGGUAUGAGGUUCCAGAGAACGUUCUGCCCCGUCCCAACGCCACAGGCUCAGUUUCUCCAGACAAGACUGCCAUCCAGUUCAACUACACCGCAUCACCCUUCUCGUUCACCAUUUCUCGCACCACUACCGGCGAAGUACUCUUCUCUACUGGCUCUCACCCACUCAUUUUCGAACCACAGUACCUUCGCCUUAAAACUGACCUGCCAACCAAUGCCAACAUCUAUGGCUUGGGCGAGCAUACCGACCCUUUCCGCCUUCCGACUUACAACACUACGCGUACUCUGUGGUCUCGCGAUGCUUAUGGUGUCCCUACCGACACUAACCUUUACGGAAAUCACCCAAUCUACUUCGAGCAUCGCACAACAGGGACGCAUGGCGUGUUUUUGCUCAACUCUGAUGGAAUGGACAUCAAGAUCAAUGAUACAGAGGCAGGUGGUAACACGACUCUCGAGUACAAUGUCAUUGGAGGAGUGUUCGACCUCUACUUCCUGGCUGGAAGCGAGACGGACCCGACCGAGGUUGCAAAGCAAUAUGCUCAAGUCGUGGGGACACCUGCUGAAGUGCCAUACUGGUCGUUUGGUCUCCACCAAUGCCGUUUUGGUUACACGGAUUACAUUGAUGUGGCGAAUGUAAUCUUAAACUAUUCAACUGCGGAGAUUCCCCUGGAAACGAUGUGGACAGAUAUCGACUACAUGUACAAGCGUCGUAUUUUCACCACUGAUCCUGACUAUUUCCCUGUGGAGAGAAUGAGAGAAAUUGUCGACUAUCUGCAUAGCCAUGACCAGCGUUAUGUCUUGAUGACUGACCCUGCUGUUGCUUAUCUUCCUGACGAUGGUUAUGGGGCAUAUGAUCGCGGUAGCGAGAUGGAUAUCUGGGUCAAGUCUGCAAACGGUAGCAAUAGUCUUGGUCUCGUAUGGCCUGGUGUUACUGUCUUCCCAGAUUGGUUCAAUUCGGACACUCAAAGCUACUGGUCAAAAGAAUUCCAAAUGUUCUAUAGCCCUGAAACUGGCAUUGAUAUCGAUGGGGCCUGGAUCGAUAUGAACGAACCUUCGAGUUUUUGCGUGUAUCCUUGUGAAGAUCCUUUUGCACAAGCUAUCACUCAAGGUCUUCCUCCAAACCGUACGGACCCUAUACCAAAUCCCGACACUCCCAUUUUCGGCAACUCCACUUACAAAGGCUGGCGAAAGCGUGAUGAAGACAGCGGCUUUAACAUCGUCAAUCCUCCUUACAACAUUGAAAACGCUGCUGGUGCUUUAGGUAGUUUGACUGCUAACGUUACGUCCGUUGCUGCCAACGGCUUGCUCAUGUACGACACUCAUAACUUGUACGGUACUAUGAUGUCGAUGGCAACCCGCAAUGCCAUGCUUGCUCGCCGUCCUGGAGAACGUACUCUUGUCAUUACGCGCUCCACAUUUGCGGGAGCAGGUGCUCAUGUUGGUAAAUGGUUGGGUGACAAUAUGUCGCUAUGGCCUGAGUACCAGUUCUCGAUCGCGGGUAUGCUGGGCAUGGCUACUGUAUAUCAAAUUCCUAUGGUGGGAAGUGACAUAUGUGGAUAUGGUGAUAAUACUACUGAGACGCUGUGCGCAAGAUGGGCUAUGCUCGGCGCUUUCUAUCCGUUUAUGCGCAACCACAACACAGAUGGCACAAUUAGCCAAGAAUUCUAUCGCUGGCCAACUGUAGCCGAGGCUGCACGAAACGUCCUCGACAUCCGCUACCGUUUCAUGGAUUAUAUGUACACCGCUUUCCACACCGCAAGCGUGGAUGGCACGCCCGUUGUCAGCCCAGUGUGGUUCGCAUACCCUGAAGAUCCGAACACAUUCUCCAUCGAGCAUGAGUUCUUCUACGGUUCCCACCUCCUCGUCUCACCCGUUCUCGAAGAAAACUCGACUUCGGUGACCUUCUACCUUCCAAAUGACACCUUCUACGACCUCUCUACGCUGGCUCCUGUCAUGGGCCAGGGUGCUAAUGUCACUCUCAACAACGUCUCUUUCACUGAGAUCCCGUUGCACAUCCGCGGAGGUGUCGUCUUGCCCCUCAGGGCGUCAGGUGCAAUGACAACUACCAUUUUGAGGGAUACCGAUUUCGAAAUCGUCGUCGCACCUUCGCCACAGGGGGCUGCGUCAGGCCAACUGUACGUUGACGACGGACUGUCCAUCACGCCCGAUAAAAUGACCGAGGUCACCAUGGCCUACAGCAAUGGCAGCUUGGUGGUCAAUGGUACAUUCGAUUACCAAAUCGGUGUCGACGUUCGUGACGUUGUGUUCUUGGGCGUUGCAAACACACCGAAGAACGUGACUGUGGAAUCAUCUGGAAAGACGAAGGCAGUCGCACAGGAUAAGUGGACGUAUGAGGCAAGCACUCAAGUGCUAAAUGUUACAUUGGCUUUGCCAUUCGAGCACGACUUCUCCGUCUCCUUUUCUUGAUCGCAGAUUAGAUAUUUUUUUACUAAAUAUAAAAAGGUUUUAUACGAUAUACUAUUUCUGUUUUAUUUGGAAAUAAAUCCUGAUAUAAAUUUAUUAUCAUCCUAUUCUCUCGGAGUCCUUGCCACGGUCUUUUACUUCGGGUUAUGUGAAUAUAGGACAGCCAACUAGUGCACAGAUUAAAAAAAUGACAGGAGAUAUCAAAGUGAUGAACCAGCCAAGCAAAGAUGCUCAAGGAAAAUAAGUACAUCAAUAUUCUUAUAUCAAACAGUGAUGAUGUGCUUGAAACGCUAGCUCCUACUCGCCUUUAGUGUGGAAACUAGAGAAAAUACCGACCACAUCUUCCAUAUACCACAAUCCGUCACUCGCGUGAGCUGCCUUAUUUCCCCCCCGUGAUUCAAUUUCCCUCGCAUCCUCACACCGAGCGAUCUCAACCCAGGUAGCAGCUAAACCCAUACCUGCGCUCAGAUGCUGGACCGUCGAAGGAUCAACGAGAACAGUGAGAACGUCGCGAUGAGGAUCGAACACUCCCUCAUUGCUGCGCACCGACACGGCAUCUACAUCAGCAUGCACGUCCUCGCCUUCUUUUUCCGAGGAGCUUUGAACGACAGAGCCCCGUGAAGUGGGCAUGAUCAUAGGCUUCCCGAUGUCUGGGUCUAGAUCUUCCUCUUGCGCAGCUUUAAUCCAGGGCUCCAUCACAAUACGUGCGAGCUGCCUCUUCAGCUCUCCCUCUACACCUUCCUGUGGACUGUCAAUUGAGAGAGGGUGCGUGGACAUAGGUGGUAAUAUUUCUACGAUUCGCCGCGUCGAGAAUUCGACGAUACCUGUUGUGUGCGUAAGCGGGAAAGUCGUGGGUCCGAGGAAAGCAAGCAACGAUGUUGCAGAAGGUUUAGUCCACGCCGAAGCCGCGAGUUCCUCAUCAAUCAUCACUGUCCAGUCAUGACUCGCCGAUUCCUGUUCAGCAUCAAAUCCAGCUGUAUCAUGCACAGUAUUAGUAUUAUCCAAUAAGUCGGAACUAUUUUCGCCCAUCACGAUAUCAUCGAGGGUGGCCGUUUCUAUGUGGACAUCAGAACCGAUGUUAUCAUCCGCGAUCUGCCUUGCAACGCCUUCGACGAACAGGGCAUCGGAUGGGAUGAUCUCGACUGCUGUACUUUUAAGAUCUUCAGCGAAUUUUUUGACGCCUUCGUCUUCUUGAUCGAGGGCGAUCUUCUCAGUCGACUCGUCAGUGAUCCCAUCUUCGUCCUCUGGCAGAGACUCUGCGGCACUUGCUUGAAAGGUCAAGCCACCCAUUUUCCCCCAACACCCCACGCAGGCCUCGCUGAUUUUAUCGGGAAGUAACUUGGCAAUUUUGGAUGUGAGAGGCAGUUCCUUCUCUGCAAGUUUCGUAAUGUUUAUCGCACGCUUCAGAUUAUCCUCGUGUUCUUUUGAUUCACUGAAAGUUCCAUUGCGCAACAUAAAACGGAGGAAGAAGUGGAGAAGAGUAGGUGCUAUGGAUAAAUUGCGGUCAGUC